AUGUUGUCGCGGAGCAGCUGGCGCCGCUUGGCUCUCGCCCCGGCUCCGCCGCUCAGGCACCGCCGGGCGGGCAGUGAGGCGGCGGCGGGGGCGCCGCGGUACGACGUGGUGGUGAUCGGCGGGGGCCAUGCAGGGACGGAGGCGGCGGCGGCGUCCGCUCGCGGCGGGGCUCGCACGCUGCUGCUCACGCACAGGAUCAGCACCAUCGGGGAGAUGUCCUGCAACCCUUCCUUCGGCGGCAUCGGGAAGGGGCACCUCAUGCGGGAGGUGGACGCGCUGGACGGGCUGUGCGCGCGGCUCUGCGACCUCUCCGGCGUGCACUACAAAGUGCUGAACCGCUGCAAGGGCCCUGCCGUCUGGGGCCUCCGCGCCCAGAUCGACCGCGGCCGCUACAAGGAGCUGAUGCAGAAGGAAAUCCUCAGCACCCCGCUGCUGACAGUCCAAGAGGCGUCUGUGGAGGAUCUGCUCUUGGCAGAGCCCGAGGCAGACCGCCCUGGGAAGUGCCAGGUCACCGGGGUGGUGCUGGGGGCGGGCGGCGCGGUGCGGGCGGGCAGCGUGGUGCUGACGGCCGGCACCUUCCUGCGCGGCACGCUGCUGGUGGGGCGGCAGCGGCGGCCGGCCGGGCGCCUGGGCGAGGGGCCCGCCCUGGCCCUGGCACGGACCCUGGAGCGGCUGGGGCUCGCCGUGGGCAGGCUGAAGACCGGCACCCCCCCGCGCCUGGCCAGGGACUCCGUCGACUUCCGGGGGCUGGAGGAGCGCGCGGCUGACAACCCCCCGGUGCCCUUCAGCUUCCUCAGCAGCGCCGUCUGGAUCAAGCCAGAGGCUCAGCUGCCCUGCUACCUGACGCGCACCACCCCCAGGGCCCGGCAGAUCGUCCUGGAUAACCUGCACCUCAACAGCCACGUCAGGGAGACCACCCGGGGCCCAAGGUACUGCCCCUCCCUGGAGGCCAAGGUCCUGCGCUUCCCCCACCGCGAGCACCAGGUGUGGCUGGAGCCCGAAGGCCUGGACUCCGGCGUCAUUUACCCCCAGGGCUUGUCCAUGACCCUGCCCCCUGAGCUGCAGGAGCAGGUCAUCAGGUCCAUCCCAGGCCUGGAGAGAGCCAAGAUGCUGCAGCCAGGCUAUGGGGUGCAGUAUGACUUCCUGGACCCACGGCAGCUGACUGCCUCCCUGGAGUCUCGCCUGGUGCAGAGACUCUUCUUUGCAGGCCAGGUGAAUGGCACCACAGGCUAUGAGGAAGCUGCAGCCCAGGGGGUGCUGGCCGGCAUCAACGCCUGCCUGCGGGCGCGGGGCAAGCCUCCCUUCCUGCUCAGCCGCACCCAGGGCUACCUGGGCGUCCUGGUCGACGACCUGACCGCGCUGGGCACCGCCGAGCCCUACCGCAUGUUCAGCAGCCGCGUGGAGUUCCGCAUGGCGCUGCGGCCCGACAACGCCGACGCCAGGCUCACGCCCAGAGGCUUUGAGGAGGCUGGGUGUGUGUCCCAGCAGCGGUAUGAGCAAGCAGUGAGGAUGAGAGCUGCCCUGGAGGAUGGCAUUGCCACACUCAAGUCCCUGCAGUUCAGCAUCUCCAGGUGGUCUCAGCUGAUUCCACAAGUCCCCAUCAGCAGCCGUCGAAGGUCUCCUGCCAGUGCCUUUGACAUGCUUCAAUACCCAGAGGUCAGCAUGGAUGUUCUGGCAAGGGCUGUCCCAGAGCCCCUGGCCAAGCUUGCUGAGUGGAGGGAGCUGGCUGAGAGGCUGAAAAUAGAAGCUGCUUAUGAGUGGUGUGUGGCCAACCAGAAGCAGGAAAUGGAGGAGGUACUUCGUGAUGAAGCCCUGCAGCUGCCAGAGGACCUGGAUUACUUUGCCAUCGAUGCCUCCCUCUCGGCGGAGGUGAGGGAGAAGCUGGAUGCCAGCCGGCCCCGGACGGUUGGGGCUCUCAGCCGCAUCCCCGGAGUCACCCCCGCUGCCAUGGUCAACCUGCUGAGGUUUGUCAAGGCUCAGCACCACAAGGCCCAGAGGCCCAAAGCCUCCCCUGGGGCUGGCAGGCGCUCAGCAGGGGCAGUGAGCUCGGGGGAGGGCAGCUCCCCGCGGGCAGAAGCCAGCAGAGCCUCCUGA